AAAUCGUAUGUCACUUGUCAAUGAUUGAGGUUAUGUUCUAUGUAAAAGUUCAGAUAGCAUAUUUUUUUAAUGUAAAUAAAAGAAAUUUGUAUAUCUAUUCUAAGCUAGCAAGUUAAAAAAGGGAAAAUAGCUUAGUAAAUUUAGCUACUUUAAUAUUUAUUUAAAAUGGUAUUUUUAAACGUUGUAAAUCUGGUAAGAUGUCGUGGACCAGACGAAUUUUGGAGAAAGAGGAAGAUAUUCAGGUUGGCAGCGCAUUAUAUCGGUCGUCGCCGAAACUGUUAUUCUGUAGCUGUACGAAAUGUCCAUCGUGCCUUGGUUUAUGCUACAAAAGCACGUCAAUUAAAAAAACAGGAUAUGAAAGCCCUUUGGGAUACACGAAUAACGGCUGCUUGUGAGCAACAUAAUAUGACAGAGUUUUCUUUAAGAGAAGGCCUUGACCGCGCAAAUAUUAUGCUGGACCGUAAAUCUUUGUCUGAUUUAGCUUCAUGGGAACCAAAAACAUUUGAAUGCCUUGCUGCAGUAGCAAAGGAAAAACUACGGCUUGAUGGAUUCAUUGAUAAUAUGGAUAAAAGGGAACCAACCGGAGUAGACUUAAACCUUAAAGAUGUAAUGUUGGAAGCAUGGUUAAAAGAAAGAAAGUAGAUUGUCAACAUUUUAUUAGUCUUAGUUAUAAGAAUAAAUAGUUAAUA